AUGGGCUUCGCCCGUUGUGAGGGGCCAAUAUGGCAGGUCGAUGACUUCUCUCGUUGCUUCCAGCAAGACUACCUCAAGGUCCUAUUUCCCCUCAUCACCAUCGCCAUCUCGCUCCUCGUCCUCUUCCUUCAGAACGCACCCCGCGCCGCCAAACGCCUCCGCCAAAAGGCUGGCUACCAAUCAUUACCCACGGACCCCGAUCAUGAACAUGCGCAGGAGAACACCGCUGCCGCACAUACCGACAUCCCUCCCGAGGAGCAGGAGGAAGCAGUAGACGACGAUGACGACGACGAACCCCUGACACUGAAUCGCAAUGGUGGCGGCCGUCUGUCCCUCGUCAAGACCACCACUCGUGGCUCCGUCGUCUCCGUCGUCCAGGCCGACAGCCCCCAAGCCCAGAGCUUGUCUAUGUACGUCGAGGAACUCGCCGUCGCCGGUCUGGUCGCCAUCCACAUCAUUGCUCUGCUUACCGGCGGAUAUGGCGAACGCGGCCAUCUUGCCGCCAUUGCCGGCCUGGUCGUCUGGCUCUACGUCGCUGCCCUCGCCACCCUUCGUCUCGUCCUGGGAAACACAAGGUGGCGCCUCCCCCGUCUUUGGUUUCAUACCGCCACCAUCUACGGCUGCGAAUGGCUCUACACCGUUGCCAUCUUCCGCUCGGCCAUCAUUCACCCGAGUUCCCGCACCGUCCAGAUCCUGGUCAUCGUCGAGUUUGCCCUGACCUCCUUGCUUUUCGGCAUGGCCAUUACCACCCGCAAGGGUAACAAGACCGUCCUGCUUGAGUGGGAGGAUGGCGUCGAGCCCUCUCGCGAGCCCCUCGCCUCGCUGCUCUCACUGGCUACCUUCUCGUGGGUUGACCCGAUUGUCUGGCGAGGAUACAAGGAGACCUUCGAAAUGAAGGCCGUUUGGAACCUCCUCCCCAAGGACAAGGCCGCCGCCGUACUCGCCGACUACCGGACCUUCAAGCGCACGACGUCCCUCGCCAUACAUCUGCUCAAGUACUUCAGGAAGGACCUCAUUAUCCAGUGCUCUUUGGCUGUCAUUGGUGCCGUCUUUGCUUUCGCCCCGACAUUGUUGCUCAAGGCCAUUCUUGAGUACGUCGAGCAGCCCGACAAUGCGCCCAUCAACGUCAUCUGGCUCUACGUCAUCUUGCUUCCCGUCCUCGACCUCGUCCGCUCCUUUGGCGACGGCAUGGCCCUCUGGAUUGGCCGCAAGAUUUGCAUCCGCAUCCGCGCUAUUGUUGUCGGCGAAAUCUACGCCAAGGCGCUUCGCCGAAAGGCUUCCGCCGGCAAGGACACCGUGCUCGGCAGUUCCGGAAAGAAAAAGAAGAAUGAUGGGAAGGGAGGCAUUUUUGACUCUAUCAAGCAGAAGCUGGGUCUGGCAGAAGACGAUGAUGACCAAUCCACUGGCGCCGCCGCCGCCGCCGCCGAGCCCUCCGCCGACCCCUCCGCCGACCCCUCCGCCGACCCCUCCGCCGACGUCGUUCCCAAGGCCAACGACGAGCAGGUCAACCUCGGUACCAUCAUCAACCUCAUGUCCGUCGACAGCUUCAAGAUCGCCGAAAGCACCGCCUACCUCCACUUCCUGUGCGCCUGUGCACCCACCCAGCUGAUCAUCUGCGUCGUUCUGCUCUGGCGCGUCAUGGGUCUCAGCGCCAUUCCCGGCCUCAUCGUCAUGGCCUUCCUCCUUCCCAUCAACUACGCUUUCGCGCGCGGCUUCUCCAUCACCUCCAAGAAGAUCCUGGCUGCCACCGACAAGCGCAUCAACGUGACCAACGAGAUCCUCAACAACAUCCGCAUCAUCAAGUAUUUCGCCUGGGAGGAGAGGUUCGGCCGUAUCGUGGACGAGAAGCGCCUUGUCGAGCUCCGCGCUCUGCGCUCCCGUUUCCUGGUUUGGUCCUGCGCCGUGGCCGUCUGGAAUUCCGUGCCCGUCAUCAUCACUUUCUUCUCCUUCUUCGUUUACACCGUCAUCCAGAAACAGCCGCUCUAUCCCUCCGUCGCUUUUACCGCCAUUUCGCUCUUCAUGCUUCUUCGCAUCCCGCUCGAUCAGUUUGGCGACAUGUUCGCCCACGUGCAAGAGACCAAGGUAUCCCUCGACCGCGUCGAAGAAUUCCUCAUGGAAGAAGAGACGGAGAAGUACGAGCAGCUGGGUCUCGAGAACAUUGACGAGAACGGGAACCGCGUCAUCGGCUUCCGGGAUGCCACUUUCAUCUGGGGCGGCAAGGACACCGUCGCCGAGGACGGCUCACUGGCUUUCCGACUGCUUGACAUCAAUGUCGACUUCGAGAUCGGCCACCUCAACGUGAUCGCCGGCCCGACCGGAUCUGGCAAGACAUCUAUGCUCAUGGCUCUCCUCGGCGAAAUGACCCAGCUGGAAGGCAAGGUCUACUGCCCCGGCGGCCGCAGCCGCGAAGACGUGCGGCCGGAUCCCGAGACCGAGCUAGCCAACACCAUAGCCUACGUUGCCCAAUCCGCCUGGCUGGUGAAUGCCACCAUCAAAGAAAACAUCCUCUUUUCGGCCGAGAUGGACGAGAACAGGUACAAAAACGUCAUCGUGGCAUGCGCGUUGGAGCGCGACUUCGAGAUCCUAGACCACGGUGAUGAGACACUCGUCGGUGAGAAGGGAAUCACCCUCUCGGGAGGUCAAAAGCAGCGCAUCUCCCUGGCCCGUGCCCUCUACUCCAACUCGCAGCAUCUUUUGCUCGACGACUGCUUGAGCGCUGUCGAUUCGCACACCGCUCACUGGAUCUUCAACAACGCCAUCCGGGGCCCCCUCAUGGCCGGCCGGACCUGCAUCCUGGUGACGCACAACAUUCAGCUGGCCGUACCCUCGUCCCACUACGUCGUCAUGAUGGACAACGGCAGGAUUUCUGUUCAGGGUCCCACGGACGAGCUCAUCGCGUCGGGUAAGCUCGGGGAGGACCUGCAGCGGUCUCGUCCCGCUACUGCGGUUGGCUCGCGCAUUCCGUCCCGUGUCCCCUCUAGCGUUGGAGACGAGAGUUCCGAGACGGUUGUGAACCAGGCCGACGAAAACGGACACCACGGCAACGGCACUGCUGCCAAGACUGCGGCUCAGGACGCGAAGAAGAAGAAGAAGCAACCGAAGGAUGCUAUGGAGGAACACAAGGCUGAGGGGGCGGUAAAGUGGCCCAUCAUGAAGCUGUACAUCAGCGCCAUGGGCCCGUGGUGGUUCUGGAUCGUCGCCGGCCUCGUGUUCACCUUGCAGCAGCUCUCCGGCGUGGCGACCAACGUCUGGGUCCGGCAGUGGGCGAACGAAUACGUCACCGAGGAAGUCGACCGGAUCGAUUUCUCGUCGUCGUCCCACAGCUACAGCGCUCAGUCCGUCACCCCCACCUACCUCGCCCACAUCGCGCACUACGGAUUCCUGGGGAACGCGGCCGGCUUUGGCAUUCAAGCUGUCCAAGACGUCAACGUCGCGUAUUACCUCACCGGUCUCGCGAUCAUCGGCCUGGCGGGGGCGCUCGCUGCUUUCAUUCGGGAUCUCUGGAUUUUCUUCGGCUCUCUGACUGCGUCCAAGAGGAUCCACUCUCGCCUUAUGGAGGCCGUCUGCCGUGCUAGAUUCAAGUUCUUCGACGUCACGCCGCUGGGUCAGAUCAUGAACCGAUUUAGCAAGGAUCUAGAGGCCGUCGAUCAGGAGGUGGCACCCAUCGCCAUCGGAGUCAUCGGUUGCACCCUGGGCAUCGUCAUUACCGUCAUACUGAUCGCCAUUAUCACGCCAGGAUUCCUCAUCGCGGGCGUCUUCAUCACGGUGGCCUACUGGGUAGUCGGCAGCUUCUAUAUCCGGGCCUCGCGCGACCUGAAGCGCCUCGAGUCGGUCCAACGCAGCCCCUUGUUCCAGCAGUUUGGCGAGACCCUGUCGGGCAUGACGACUAUCCGGGCCUACGGCGCCGAGCGCCGCUUCAUCCGCGAGAACCUGACCAAGAUCAACACGCAGGCCCGGCCCUUCAUCUAUCUGUGGGCCUGCAACAGAUGGCUUUCGUUCCGCACCGAUCUGCUGGGCGACCUGGUCUCGUUCUUCGCCGGUGUUUUCAUCAUCCUGGGCUUGGGCAAGAUCGACGCAGGUGCCGCUGGCAUCUCGCUGAGCUACGCCAUUGGAUUCACCGACAACGUGCUCUGGCUGGUGCGUCUGUACGCAUUGAACGAACAGAACAUGAACUCUGUCGAGCGCAUCAAGGAGUACCUGGACGUGGAGCAAGAGGCCGAACCGGUUGUCGAGAAGAACCGCCCGCCGGCGAACUGGCCGAGCCAGGGUUCGAUCGAGUUUAUCAACUACUCGACGUCGUACCGCAAGGAGCUGGAGCCCGUCCUCCGCAACCUGAGCUUCAAGAUCCACCCCAGGGAGAAGGUGGGCAUCGUGGGAAGGACGGGCGCGGGCAAGAGCUCUCUUACGCUGGCCAUUUUCCGCGCGCUCGAGGCGGACGAAGGCAAGAUCCUGAUCGACGACGUGGACAUUGGCCUGAUCGGUCUCCGGGACCUCCGCGAUGCCAUCACCAUCGUGCCGCAGGACCCCACGCUGUUCAUGGGCACGAUCCGGAGCAACCUCGAUCCUUUCCACGUGUACACGGACGAGCAGAUCUUCGAAGCCCUACGCAAGGUCCAGCUGAUCGGGCCCAACGAGCCAACCACGCGGCCACAGACACCCACGUCGUCGUCGAUGCUGCCGGCCCCGGCCGCCAUCAGCGGCACAACAGCAGCGGAAGGCGGAGGAGCGGCGGACCGGCCUCCCAGCCCGACCGGGUCCGGGGCGGCCACGAACAAGAACGUCUUCCUCGACCUCUCGGCGCCGGUGAGCGAGUCCGGGUCGAACCUCUCGCAGGGCCAGCGGCAGCUCAUGUGCCUGGCCCGCGCGAUCCUCAAGAACCCGUCGGUCCUGGUGAUGGACGAGGCGACGGCGUCGAUCGACUACGCCACGGACGCGAAGAUCCAGGAGACGAUCCGGGAGCAGACGAGCACCAUCAUCACGAUUGCGCACCGGCUGCAGACCAUUGUUGACUAUGACAAGGUGCUGGUGCUGGACAAGGGGGUGGUGGUGGAGUACGCGCACCCGUACGAGCUGAUCCGGAAGGAGAGCGGCCAUUUCAGGGGCAUGUGCGAGUCGAGUGGCGAUUAUGAUGUGCUGCUCAAGGCGGCGAAGCAGAAGUGGGAUGCGGGUCGGUUGGUGGAUGUGGAUGAUGAUAAGUAG